AUGGAGAGGGCAAAUAAGAGACGGGUGUUCACUCUUCGAAUAAUGCCGUCUGGAACACAAAGAGCAGCGACUUCGAAGAGAUCGAUCUAUCUAUCUACCUAUCUAGCUAGCUCGCUUGCUAUCUCACUCUGUUCAUAUCUAUCUAUCUAUCUAUCUAUCUAUCUAUCUAUCUAUCUAUCUAUCUAUCUAUCUAUCCCUAAAGAUAUCUAUCUAUCUAUCUAUCUAUCUAUCUAUCUAUCUAUCUAUCUAUCUAUCCCUAAAGAUAUCUAUCUCAGUAUAAACGUAUCUAUCUAUCUAUCUAUCUAUCUAUCUAUCUAUCUAUCUAUUUCAGCUUAUCCCCCAGCUUGUUCAUUAUCUAUCUAUCUAUCUAUCUAUCUAUCUAUCUAUCUAUCUAUCUAUCACAGCCAAUUUCCGGUAUUACUCUCUCUCUCUCUCUCUCUUUCUAUCUAUCUAUCUAUCUAUCUAUCUCAAUCCCUGUCUCCCUCAAUAUCUAUAUCUCUUAAUUUAUCCCUGGCCUUGUAUUCGUUUUUGUCUUUGCAUAUAUUCUUGCAUUGCUUCAUUUUUUUUUUCUUCUGCACACAUCUAUUGCUUUCCUUUUUGUCUUUCUUUCUCUCUAUCAGAACGAUUUUUUUCUUUUCUUUUUUUACAUCUGCCCGGAAACUUGUUCUUCUUCUUCUUCUUCUUCUUCUUCUUCUUCUUCUUCUUCUUCUUCUCUCCCUCUUUUCAAUGAAGACGACCGAGGUAUGGGUAUCUCCUGCAUUUCUACUUCUCUUAAUGGCUGCUCCUCUGGCUCUGGUUGGGGACCCUCAUUCUGCUGCUGAAGGGAAGUGUCGGUACUUUUGGCUCCCUUCUUGCCGACUUCCUUACACGCUCCAGUCUUCUGGGGUGUCUGCGCUGUUGCCUGUCAUGUUGCUACUUCAUUUUUCUUUUUGGGUUGUGGGACAGGAUUUCGUCCCGGGCAAGCCUUCGACAAAAGCCUCGCAGCCCCACAAACCCAACAAAGUGGUCGACGACCCUCCACAACAACAUAGAUAUGUCUACCCUUAA